UAAAGAUAUGAGAAUUUCCCUUCUAUGUAGUCUCUGUGGUUUUUGAAAUAAAUAAUAAUAAAUAUGCAACUUAACCUCAAAUUGUAAUUUUUAAACAAAAUGUAUAAAACAAUAUACAGGGCGUUUAACUUAUCCUUAAAUUUGCCAAAAACUCUAAAUCACGGAACAAAUAACCGCAUACUCUCAAUAGCAACAAUACUGAAAGACUAUGAACCCGAGCCUAGUUUUAGAUCACUCCAUGUUACAAGUUAUAAAAAAUUCGAAUUUUGCCAAUAUCCCACUUGCAGUACACCUUCUAAUUUUCUACUCCUAAAUUCGAAACAUCCCAUCAAUUUUAAUAGGUUUUGCUCGACAAGCAAAAAAGGUGAUCAGCCAGUAGAACCCACUAAAAAAGAAAAAUUGAAACGGGCUGUUAAAGAAUAUGGCAGUACAGUGGUUAUAUUCCAUGUGACUAUAUCCCUGGCAUCUCUAGGUGUUUGUUAUCUGUUGGUAUCGAGCGGUUUAGAUAUGAGCAAAAUACUAGCGUAUUUAGGCAUAAGUGGAUCGAUUGCGGCUAAUGCUGGGACUUUUGUAACAGCGUAUGCGAUUCACAAAGUGUUUGCACCUGUUCGCAUUAGCAUCACUCUUGGUGCUACACCAUUUAUUGUUAGCUACUUAAGACGUAUCGGCUUUUUAAAAGUGAAAUCACCCAAAAACUAGUUAAUUUAGUCGGUUGUUUAAAUUGUAUGGGAGAGGCGUUACAUCUAUUAUUGUAAAGAUCUUUUAUAUAUUGCUAUUGUCACAGAUUAAUCUGUGCUAUUGUUAUUCAGAUAGUGGAUUGCUUUGUAUUCAUUUAUUUUUUUUAUUGUUAUUUACAUGGGCAGUUUCUUUGUGGGUUCUUUUGAUGUGAGCAUAGAGAACACUGCACUACGACCAAUGUGCAAACCUUUACUAUGUUAGGGGGUUUUAAGUGUGUACUAUGUAGGAUUAUUCUCACAUUGAAAAUGAAACAAAUAUGGCUGUGGUAACAUCUACAAUUUAAAAACACAAAUAAAAAAACCUCUGUUGAUUCGGAGUUAAGGAAAA